AUGAGUCAAGAGAAUGUAAAAUAUCCUACAACUAUGAGUUGUAGGGAAGCGUUCGACCAACUGACAACAUGUUUAUCAAUAGGUGGUCAGUUUAGAAAUUAUUACAGAUAUGGUGAGUUUUCAGCUUGUGAGAAGCAGGUAAAUAAAUUCAAGUUCUGCAUACUUAAUGCCAAGGACCCAGUCAAAGUACAAGAAUGGUAUCAUAAUCAGGUCGAAGAAAAUAAAUUACGAAGAGGAAGUUCAGAUAUUGUAUGGAAGGAACGUUAG